CAGUGUUGUCUCCCAGACUUUUCCUCGGAUCUUAUUCUCUCAGAACUGUCUGAUUUCGCUUUUAAUCUCCCCGCAUUGAUUUCCUUGUCUCGCCGGUCGACCUUCUCGACCAAACUUCUCCACUUGAGAGCCUUCAGCACCCCCAGUUUUCCCGAUAAACCCCCUACUGAUUCCAUGGACGAUCUCGUACACAUCCGGAACCUCCACGUGAAUGCCAUCACCGGGAACGAUGCUUGGAAACGGCCAUUGCCGCAGCCGCUCCGCCUCUCGGUGGAACUCCGCACGUCCUUCGAACAGGCGGCGCUCACCGACGACUUGAAAUACUCGCUCAACUACGCGGUUAUCUCGCGCAAUAUGCUGGAGCUCAUGAAAAAGAACGAGGCACGCAAUUUUCAUCUGUUGGAAAACAUCGGCCGCUGCAUCGGUGAGGUCGUGCUCGACCGCGCGCGCGGUGGCGGGGCGGACGCACGCAUUGAGGUCUCGAGCACCAAAACGGAGAUCCGUGCGGAAGAGGUCAAAGUCGUCAUGAACCGCCGCAAGACCGCGGGAUCCAUCGAAGCCUACGGCCAGGACAAGUUUGUGGUCAGUGGCUUGCGCUUGCUCGCGGUCAUCGGGGUGUUCACGUUUGAACGUCUCCAGCGCCAGGUUGUGUCCUUGGAUAUUGAAAUGAUGACGGACUUUACGAGUGGGAAGCUUGACUUCCAGCUGAUUGUGCACGAAGUGGUGGAAUAUGUGGAAAGCUCAAACUUCAAGACGGUCGAGGCGUUGGUGUUGGGGGUCAACCAGUUGGUCACCGCACGUGGCGUCGCGCGCGCACGCGUGCGUGUUGAAAAGCCAAAUGCGAUCACGUUCGCGGACGGCGUCGGCGUAACGGUUGAGAAGAGUGCGGGGUAUUUUGUGGGCAAGGAGUUUUUGGAGGUGGAUAAUCCAACACCGAGUGGGUCUUCUGCCUCGUCCGAGUCGUUUAACUUUCCGACAUACGGCGAAAACCACGCCGGCAGCCUCGGUGCCGGCGAGCACACCGCCUACAUUGCCUUUGGUACCAACGAGGGCAACCAGGUGUCCAACAUCACCCGUGCCAUCGCCGAGCUCAAUGCGCGCGGCCUUACCGUCCUCGCAACCUCUUCUCUCUAUGAAUCCCUGCCAAUGUACCAUCUCGCGCAGCCUAACUUCAUCAACGGGGUGCUCAAGCUCCGCACCCAUUUGUCUCCAUUCGACCUUCUUAAGGAGUUGCAAGACAUUGAAAGUAAUACGCUUAACCGCGUAAAGUUGUUUGUGAAUGGCCCACGGACCAUUGACCUUGACAUUUUGCUCUAUGAUAACAUCAUUUUGAACACCCCCAAGUUGAUCAUCCCGCACAUUAGUAUGAUUGAGCGCACGUUUGUACUCCAGCCGUUGUGCGAGUUGCUUCCGCCGGAUGAAAUUCACCCGGUGACCGCCGAGCCGUUCCACGAUCAUCUCCAGCAAUUGUUUGCGAGUGGAACGGACCGGUCGAAGCAGGUUUCGCAGGACCUUAAAACCGUCUUGCCAAUGAGCCGUGACGUUUCUGACUCCGUCCCUGCCUCUACUCUCCUGUUCAACCUCAUCGACAAUACCCACGCCACAAAACUCAUGGGCAUUCUCAACACCACCCCCGACUCCUUCUCAGACGGCGGCACCAACACAAACGUCGCUGCCGCCUUGGAUAAUGUUACCCGCAUGGUCAACGAGGGUGCGGACAUCAUCGACAUCGGCGGUGUCUCGACCCAACCCGGUUCUGGUGCCCCGGACGUGCAGGAGGAGUUGCGGCGAGUUGUCCCAAUCAUCCAGGCAAUCAGAAGCGCGUCCGACGCUCGCGUCCGCGCGGUCACCCUCAGUGUCGACACCUACAGAGCCGCCGUUGCGGAAGCUGCGCUUGCCGCUGGCGCUGAUAUCAUCAACGAUAUUAGUGGUGGCUUGUACGACGACGAAAUUUUCCGCGUGGUCGCGCAGAGCGGCGCGCCGUAUGUCUUAUGCCAUACCAGAGGAACUCCCGAGACGAUGAGCCAGAUGACAGUCUACGAGGCUAAUUCGGACGAGAACUUGGUGGAAUACAUGGAUGCAGACGUGGCGGCCGCACUCAGAAUGUCGGAGGCGGACGAGGUGUUUGUGCGUGCAGUGGCGCGCGAGUUGGCGCUCCGCGCGAUGGCCGCGCUUCGCGCAGGCGUGAAGAAGUGGCAGUUGAUUCUCGACCCGAACUUGGGUUUUGCAAAGGGUGUCACGCAGAACUUGCAGUUGAUCCGGUUUCUUCCGGCGAUGAAGACGUACUCACUUACCAACACUUCCAGUGGCGAAUAUGUGAGCUUCAACGCGAGCCCCAUGUUAUUGGGGCCCAGCCGUAAGCGCUUUAUCGGCGAGAUUACCGGUGAGCCUGUCGCCCAGGCGAGGGUUAUCGGGACCGCCGCAAGCGUGAUGGCGUGUGUCGCGGGGAAGACGGAUAUUGUACGUGUUCAUGAUGUGAAGGAGAUGAAGCAGGUGUGUUUGAUGGGAGAUGCGUUGUAUAGGAUGCAAGGCACGAGCUAAGGUAUAUGCGUCAUCUACCUGUCGAGGUUAGUAUAUAGCUCAGUAUACGUAAUUUAUAAAGACUUUAAUGAAAUUCCCUAGAUAUGGCUGAGACCGAUA